AGAAGGGAGGAAGACAGGCACAGCUCUUCAGACUUGGGUUGUGGAUUUUCCUGCUACCAAGUCUUUGAGAAACAAAACUGUUGCCUUUCUUCAUAUCCAUCACCUCACUUCCCCACACUCUCGAGGCCGACUCCCUGGGCCUGGGUCCUCCCAGGAUCUCUGUUGGUAGACCGCGUUGGGGCCCAGGGAAAGGAUUCCCCGCCUGGUGUCACCAGUGUGGCUGCAAUAAACAGCCGAAAUUAGCAUCUCGGGUUCUGGCUUGCUCUCUGGAUGACCUUUCUGUCUUGUCUUACUUUGCAAACUCCUUCUAGGGCAAGGACAGUGGGUGGCCCCGGCCAGCAAGCAUCUGCAGGUGGCUAUUAAAUACUUCAGAUGGUGACCGAGAUAAUUGUGGCUAUUGCUGGGAUUUACACAGCAGCCAAAUAGGGACCUGGCCUCCAAAAUCCUCCCCAGCUGGCUUCCCACUUCCUUCAGUGAGUGGAGCCAAGAUAUUGAGUCUGGUUUCCCGGGGGCUCCCAGCUGCGGCUCUUCUGCCAAAGCUAGGCGACUCCACAGCCCACAGCCACCUGCUGUGUUCUUAACAACUCAGAUUUCUGUGUUAUUCAACACAUUCCUGUAGUCACAAAAUUACCCCAUCCUGACUUUUAAACACUCGUGUAAACAGACGUAUGGCUUUUUUGUCCUAAUUUGGAGAAGGUUUAAUCGGAACAUGUGUUUGAAAUUUGCACCUGCUCGAUGACGUGUUCUGUAGCGGGCUGCCUCCUGCUCACAAUACAUCGCCGCCGUCCAUCUCCAGCAAGCAAGAUGCCCAGAGCUCGGUGUCGUCAUUUGGCGAGGUUUUGUCCUCGUACCUGACUGGGUGCCCUGAGCGUCAGCUCUCCGCCUCCUUUCCUCCCCGGGCCUCCUUAGGGCGCGCGGCCAAAGGAGGUCCGGGCAGGUGGGCGGCGCCCGGGGCCGCCGGGGACAUGCAGAUGAGGUGGGCGGGCCCUACUUAUAGCCACGGGUCAGCGGCGGGCGAGCGAGCGAGUCAGUGCAUCCAGGACCGGCUCGGUCGGAGGCAGGUCCAGCAUAAGCUGCUUUCCCUAGCGCCGCGGAGCCUGGUCCCGGGCUGGCCCCUCUGCUGCCCCCGGAGCGGGCCAUGCCGCCGCGGGAGCUGAGCGAGGCCGAGCCGCCCCCUCUCCGGGCCCCGACCCCUCCUCCGCGGCGGCGCAGCGCGACCCCGGAGCUGGGCAUCAAGUGCGUGCUAGUGGGCGACGGUGCGGUGGGCAAGAGUAGCCUCAUUGUCAGCUACACCUGCAAUGGGUACCCCGCGCGCUACCGACCCACGGCGCUGGACACUUUCUCCGUGCAAGUCCUAGUGGAUGGCUCCCCGGUGCGCAUUGAGCUCUGGGACACGGCGGGACAGGAGGACUUUGACCGGCUGCGCUCGCUCUGUUACCCGGACACCGACGUCUUCCUGGCCUGCUUCAGCGUGGUGCAGCCCAGCUCCUUCCAGAACAUUGCCGAAAAAUGGCUGCCGGAAAUCCGCACCCACAACCCGCAGGCACCCGUGUUGCUGGUGGGAACCCAGGCUGACCUGAGGGACGAUGUCAAUGUACUGAUUGAGCUGGACCAGGGGGGCCGCGAGGGACCCGUCCCCCAGCCGCAGGCUCAGGGCCUGGCUGAGAAGAUCCGGGCCUGCUGCUACCUCGAGUGCUCGGCCUUGACCCAAAAGAACCUGAAGGAGGUGUUCGACUCAGCCAUCCUCAGUGCCAUUGAACACAAGGCCCGGCUGGAGAAGAAGCUCAACGCCAAAGGUGUCCGCACCCUGUCCCGCUGCCGCUGGAAGAAGUUCUUCUGCUUUGUUUGAGAAUCCCAUUCUACCCGCUACCCCGCUGUCCAAAGGGGGGAACAGUGCGUGUAGCUAGCGAUCCACAGGAGGCCAGAGACUUCUGGAACCUGGGGCCUGGCUGCCCCGUGGGACUUAGUUACCUGCUGGACGCUGUGGGGACCUGGGCCUCAAGCUGCUCACUCUGCUAAGCCAGGGUGCUCCUGGGGCCUUGCAUUAGGCAAAUAGUUCCCCAAAAAGAAGCCAGCCCUUGGAUUUGCAUGGGAUGCUACCUGCACUGUCAGCCACCCCGGCUGAGCAGUCUGGCAUCCAGUUCCCAAUUUUGUUCACACAUAGGCUUGCCGGUCAGCCUAGCUGAAUUAGGACCCCUGCCCCAGUCCCUGCUGGACCCAGGGAUGAGGAAGAGCCUGGGGCCAGCUGGCUGGAAGGCUUGGAGGGCUGGAAGGACUGACAGACAUGUUGGGAUGGAAUGGGUGAAGCAAAGGCCGGUGAGGAAUGGAGAGAUGGAGCAGCGGGCAGGGGAAGCCUGGAGGUGUGGGGCUGGAGGCUGGGCCUGAGGGCCGGGGCUGGAAGGAGGAAGGCGAGGAGCGGGGAGAGCAGGAGCGCAGGCUGACACCUGGGCUGCCCUCAGCCCUUCAGGCCAGGGAGGGCGGGGCUGGCCCUGGGACGAUCUGGGUCUCAGGGCUCCCCAGGCACUGCCCAAACUGGCUGGGCCAGGAGCUGGGGCAGGAAGUGAGAGGACGGGCUCAGGCCAAGGAAGGGGGAGGAGCUGCAGAUGAGA